AUGAGAGCCGCUGUCUUUGAUGUUUGGCUGCUUCGAUUCCAGCUGAAGAUUGCAACUGAAAAGCCCAACUGCCAAGUCGUUUUGUUGCUGGACCAUGCUCCAAGAUGGGGGAUUGUUGCGAGUGCUUGGAGUGAAGUGAAAGAAAAGUCGAUCCGGAAUUGUUUCGCUCACGUCGACAUAUUUCAAAAGGAGCAGAGGGAUGCCCUGAGGGAAUCACAGGACCGGGCUAGGGACUUUGAUGUGACUGUUGCCAUAGAUAGCCUACGAAGUAGUUUUCUUACUAGAGCUGCUUCCGAGGAGACAGAGGAAUUUGAUGCAGAGAGUGCUUCUUUGUGUGACGAGCAAGAUCCAGGCCUGAAUCCGGCUCAGAGCUCCUUUGCCUCGGAUGAAGAAGUGUUGGCACUACUAAAGGUAUUGGAUGGGUCUCACUCGGUCUGCAAGCAUAUUGAUUCGAUGCUAAAAGAGCGCCAGUUCAUGGAAUUCUUUGUUCCUGAGGAUGAGACAAAUAUGGCGAGCGCCUUCAUGGAGACAGGACAGUCUCCUGAAGAUGAGAGCAUGGAUGAUGACGACUAUGAGCCCAGCGCUUCUUCGGAGUACCAUAUCGAAGAUGAUAAUGGCCAAAAGCUGUCACCGGUAAAGAAAGUCCUCAAGACGCGGGGAAAGGAAUAUGCCUCUUAUAGAACUGAUCGCUUAGCCUCUCCUGGAGAAAUGGACCUUGAUGAUGAUUGGGUUGCCGAAGAUACUGUAGUGCUGGAUCCUAGCAUUGAUUUACAGGACCCAUAUAUCCUCAUGGAUGCUGCAGCGGCGCUAAGGCUUCUUGGUCAUGAUGGCAUCGAGCAAUGCUUCAGUUUCAACCUCGUUCCCGGCUCCGUCCUCAGAUUCGGCCAUGACCUCAUUCUCGACUCCGGUUCUAGUCUCAUCUUCAUCUUUGUUUCUGGCACCGCCACCGCCACCUCCGUCUUCAUUUUCAUCACCACAGCCACUAAAUAUGAGGCAGCAUGUGUUAGCUUCAGCUCCAUCCUCGUCUUUGUCGCCGGCCCCGCAUCCACAUUCGUCCUCACUUUCGUCACCACAGCCGCUAAAUACGGGACAGUGGAUGCUAGCCCCAGCUCCACCUUCGUCUUUGUUACAUUCGUCCUCACUUUCAUCACCACAGCUACUAAAUACGAGGCAGCGGAUGCUAGCCCCAGCUCCAUCCUCGACUUUGUUGCCAUAUGGUUAUGA